AUGCCCCAGGCAGGCCACUCACUGAUUUCUUUCGCCACGAUCAAAUUGCGACUGGAUCAUACUGAACAGCAUAUUGGCCAUGAAGCAAACAACUGCUUGCUACCUUCUAUUCCGCGCUUAGUUCUACCGGCAGCCCCAGACCGGUCGCCGUUCGCACUAUGCCCUCGUAGCUCAACACAUGGCGAUUCGUCCGGGGGGUCAGCCCUACAGCGAGUCCGUGGUCCGGCUAACAUGUCUCCCGCUCUACACUACAAUACUAUGCCGUCCCGUGUACAUCAUGUCCAAAUCUAUUGCAAGCCCUUUAUCCACUACACUACAUACGUCGACACCUAUCGGGUAUUUGAAACAUACCUCCAUCUUACGCCAUCGAUCAUCAAGAUCCUCACUAACCUUGAUGAACCUGGCCUCCGAGAAAGCUUGGACACUUCCCGCUACUUUGGCGUGGGUGGAGGGCCGAUCGACUCGGUUGCCCUAGGGAAGCCGAAGGCCGUCCUCCACCCGGAAGCUACCGCAUCUCAGAUCCGGGGGAUGACGGAGUUCGGGGUUUCUGCGCUCUUUCGCUGGGGCGAGCAAGAUGAGACAGGAUCCGUCGGCCGGCUACUCGAAGGGUACCGGAUUCGCCUGGUUGAACACAAUGGUCAUGAUACCACGACAAAAGGCCGGCCCGGAAAGCUGCUUGUUCGAUCGCCGAGUCUCAUGACCGGGUAUAUAAGCAUGUUGCCCUACGUCGGAGUCGAUCAAGAGGAUUGGCCCCAAACUGGCACCGGCACCAUUGUUUCUGUCAAGAUGGAUAAGCUUUACGUUCAUGCUGUUGGCAAAGCAAUGGAGUCAUCCAAAACCCCGAGGAACACACAUUCCGGACUUUCUCACCUGGUCUGAGUUCGGAAGAAAUAUUAAGAGGACGUUGGUACAGGAACGAGAUUGGGACCCAAGUGGCGUCGCCAAAUAUUCAUCGGCAAUUGCCGUGGCGUCUUCAUACCUAUACUAAAGACAUCCAGCUCUGCCUACCUGUAGCUUACCAUUCACCACAUACACCGCCUGAUUGAGAUGAAAAUGUUAAAGGCAAUCGAACCUGCAUCUAGGCCGGUGCAAAACAUCUUUCUCGCACUGAACUGCCUGCACCUUCUCCUUGGCCAAUCGGAGCUUUUCUCUUAACGACAUCCACAACGUUCGCGGGUGAUACGGAGAUCACUGCGAUGCGUGGGUCAAAAGCGAGCUGGCGAGUAAGCUGAAUUUGCCAAGCUGUGCUGCAGGAGGAGACUCAAACACAAGAUGUUUGCUGAUCCGCGAUGGCAUGAUAUCAUGGAUACCUCUAGGUACCUGUUCUAGAGUUAAAGAAUGG